CUCAGGGGGCGGGGUUUCGUCGUAAUACGGGUGGGAAGACAAAUCCGGCAGCCUCGGAGGCGCGGGUGAAUUUUCCGGACACGUUUAUUGUUGCAUCAGAAAGCCGGGACAGAGAAAGAUGGCAGGAGACCAAGCCUUUGAUUAUGGCUUCUUACUGCGCAUAAGCGAGGACGGCCGCAGGGCCCAGGCUCUGAACGAGUACCUGAGCAGCCGCAGUUACCUGGCAGGCUACGGGCCCUCGCAGGCGGACACAGACGUAUUCACGCUUUUUCAUGGUUCGCCUCCUUCAUCGCAGUAUGUGCACGCUCUGCGCUGGUACAGGCACAUAGCCACACUGCAGCCUCGAACCGACGGCCAGGCCUCAGACUCCACAAAGGGAAAGAGGGUGCAGCCUCCCUGGUCUCCACCGGAUGGAACUGAACUCCCAAAGCUUAGACUUUACAACAGCCUGACCCGGACCAAGGAGCUGUUUGUACCUCAGCAUGGGAAAAAGGUUUUGUGGUACUGCUGUGGCCCCACCGUCUAUGAUGCUUCCCACAUGGGUCAUGCCAGAUCCUACAUUUCUUUCGACAUCCUAAGAAGAAUACUGAUGGACUAUUUCAAAUAUGACGUCUUCUACUGCAUGAACAUCACCGACAUUGACGACAAAAUCAUUAAACGAGCCAGACAGAAUCACCUGCUGGAGCAGUACAGAGCCAAAAAGCCCAAAGCCUCCCAGAUCCUCCAGGACGUCUUAACCGCUAGAGAGCCCUUUAAAGUCAAGCUUGCAGAAACCACAGACCCUGAUAAGAAGCAGAUGUUGGAGAGGCUGGAUGCAGCAGUGAUGGCUGCGCUGACUCCAUUACAGGGGUCGAUGAAGAGCGGAGCUGAGGAUGCUGCCGUUCAGAGCCAAGCUGAGGUUUUACUGGAAGAAGCCAAGGACCUUUUAUCUGAUUGGUUGGAUUCCCAGUUUGGCAGCCAAGUAACAGAAAACUCAAUAUUCUCCCUCUUACCGAAAUACUGGGAGGGAGAGUAUCACAAAGACAUGGAUGCCCUCAAUGUUCUUCCACCUGAUGUCCUCACACGGGUCAGUGAAUAUGUUCCAGAGAUUGUGGAGUUUGUAAAGAAAAUAGUAGACAAUGGAUACGGUUAUGAGUCUAACGGCUCGGUGUAUUUCGACACUGCAAAGUUUGAUGCUAGUUCAGGACAUUCGUAUGCUAAACUGGUGCCAGAAGCAGUGGGUGACCAGAAGGCUCUGCAGGAGGGAGAAGGAGACUUGAGUAUCUCAGCAGACCGGCUGAGUGAGAAGCGUUCACAGAAUGACUUUGCCCUUUGGAAGACCUCUAAACCUGGAGAACCGUCCUGGGAGUCUCCAUGGGGGAAGGGGCGACCUGGUUGGCACAUCGAGUGUUCAGCCAUGGCUGGCUCCAUAUUAGGUUCAUCUAUGGACAUUCAUGGAGGAGGAUUUGACCUGCGUUUCCCUCAUCAUGACAAUGAACUGGCACAGUCCGAGGCCUACUUUGACAAUGACCACUGGGUGCGCUAUUUCUUGCACACGGGCCACCUUACCAUCGCCGGCUGCAAGAUGUCCAAGUCUCUGAAGAACUUUAUCACCAUUAAAGAUGCCCUUGCGAAACACACAGCAAGGCAGCUGCGCCUGGCCUUCCUCAUGCACUCGUGGAAGGACACACUGGAUUACUCCUGUAACACCAUGGAGUCUGCCAUUCAGUACGAGAAGUUCAUGAAUGAGUUCUUCCUGAAUGUGAAAGAUAUCCUGAGGACUCCCACUGAUAUCACAGGUCAAUUUGAGAAAUGGGAGGCGGAGGAGAUCGACCUGAACAAAAGCUUCUACGAGAAGAAAGAAGGCGUUCACGAGGCUCUGUGUGACAAUAUCGACACUCGUACAGCUCUGGAGGAGAUGAGGGCUCUGGUGGGUCAGAGCAAUACUUACAUUGCUGCCAGAAAGAGUGCCAAACUCCUGCCGAACCGCAUGCUGCUCCAGAGCAUCGCUCACUACCUCACCGACAUGUUCAAGACUUUUGGGGCAAUCGAGGGAACAGAACCAAUUGGAUUUCCUGUUGGAAGAAAUGACCAAAAUGUUGAUCUGGAGAGUACAGUCAUGCCCUAUUUAAAGGUGCUCUCAGACUUCAGGGAAGGUGUCAGAAAAAUUGCAAGGGAACAAAAAGUGACAGAAGUACUGCAGCUGUGUGACGCAGUCAGAGAUGACAUCCUGCCGGAGCUUGGAGUCCGUUUAGAAGAUCAUGAAGGACUCCGCACUGUGGUGAAGUUAGUGGACAGAGAGACUCUACUCAAGGAGAGGGAGGAGAAGAAGAAGCUGGAGGAGGAGAAGAGAAAGAAGAAAGAGGAGGCAGCCAGAAAGAAACAGGAACAAGAGAUGGCUAAACUGGCAAAGAUGAAGAUUCCACCUAGUGAGAUGUUCCGCUCAGAAACGGACAAGUACUCCAGCUUUGAUGACACGGGUUUCCCUACACAUGAUGCAGAAGGGAAGGAGCUUAGCAAGGGACAGAGCAAAAAGCUUCGCAAGCUUUACGAAGCUCAGGAAAAGCUGUACACUGAGUACCUCCAGUCAACCCAGAACGGAAGCUGAGAACACUGGGAGUGCUGCAUCAAUCCGCCCAUAGUGUCUGCUCUCCUUUUGUCCUCUGGUGGUUGUUAGAUAUAAAACAGCAAGAAUUUCUGACGUCACGUGUCAUGGUGCUAUGUCAUUGUCUAUAGUCUUAUGUACAUGAUAGGAAAGGAUGAUGUCUUUGUGUUGGAGCUAAACAUUGCUUUGGAAACAGGAAUAUGUUGACUGAUAAGCUCUCCGCUUUGUUUUAUAGCUAACGAACAGAGGAAGGUGUUGGAAUGUCAUUUUUCUAAUACAGAAGGCUUUUAUAUUGUAUUUGAAGGGUAUUUAAUGAGCAGCAAAAUUUCUGAAUAGUUGAUGUUCUAUAACAUCAGUAUGUAUGUGAAAUAUUAAUCAGCUAUUAUAUUAUAACAAGCAGAUUUUUUUUUUUCUAAAGCACUGUUUACAGUUACCAAUAAAAUGACUGACUUAACCAGCAUAAUGAUAACAGGUAUACUUUCUCUAACUCUACUAUAAUAAUGGGUUGUAAAAAAAAUUGGCAAGGAAAAAAAAAUACAGUUUUUAAAUUAUUGUGUGCUAAGGAACAUUUUGCUCAAGGUAGGAAGAGGUUCUGUGUAGCAAUUCUUUAAAAAAAAAAUGAAGCAAAAUAAAAACCAAAUUGUGGACUUGUCAGUGAUCCUGAUGCUUGUUUACAAAAUGGACAACAUAGGAUUUUGGAAAAUACUGUUUUAUAUUUUUCAACUUCAGCUACACCAGUGAUUAAUAAAAACAAAAUGGACCUUGAAUUCAAAUAAAA